AUGGGUUUUAAGAUCAUCGAAGAUCGUCCGACACCUCCAGCUGUUUACAACUGGAGAGUGUAUUUAAUGGGAUGUUGCAUCGCUUGUGGUGCUCUUACGUUUGGCUAUGAUGCGGCAUUCAUAGGUACAACUAUUACACGUCCAGGUUUCACCGCUGCAUUCGGCAUCGACAAUAUGACCGCAUCGCAGAAGACUAGCAACUCUGCCAAUUUGACCAGCUCUUUCACCGCUGCAUGCUUCUUCGGAGCGGUUUUUGCUUGGCCUAUGAUGGAGGUUUGGGGUCGUCGACCCGCUCUACAGGUCUCCGCCGCGAUCUUCAAUAUCGGAGCCGUAGUGAUGACCGCCGCUUCUCAUCAGUUGUCUAUGAUUUAUGCUGGACGAGUAUUGACUGGUCUCGGAGUCGGAAUUAUAACAGCUGUGGUGCCUUCAUUCCUUGCUGAAUUAUCACCACCACCGGUCCGAGGUGUGAUGACAGGUCUGUUCGAGAUCGCAUAUCAAAUUGGUAACCUGGUUGGAUUCUGGAUCAAUUAUGGAGUGACCCAUACUAUCGAUCUUCAUUCCAGUAAAUCUUACCGGAUCCCUAUUGCUGUUCAACUUAUUCCCGGUGGUAUGUUCGCUAUUGGAUGUCUGUUCUUCAAGGAAUCACCUAUGUUGUUGAUCAAGAGAGGUAAAGAAGCGGAAGCUAUCAGAAAUUUGGAAUGGUUGAGAAUGCUACCCGCUGAUCAUCAAUAUAUCCAAGAGGAAUUGGGCAUGAUCUAUACUCGGAUCGAAGAAGAGAACAAAGUUGCUGGAGGUGAGGGGAAAGGUGUUAAAGGAUAUUUCAUUGGCUGUCUGCGAGAAAUGAAGAUAUCAUCCAUUAGACAUCGUUUCAUUCUUGUAUGGGGAAUGAUGUUCCUCCAGAACUUCUCAGGCGCCAUUACUAUCAAUUACUAUUCCCCUGCAAUCUUUAAAGCUAUCGGUUUGACCGAUGUCACCCUUUGGACUGGUAUCUACGGAGUCUUCAAAGCCACUGGAUCUAUCGCCUUCUACAUCUACGGUAUCGAUAGAUUUGGCCGUAGAAGACCGUGGAUGCUUUCUGCUGCCAGUUGUGGACUGUGUCUCAUCUAUCUCGGAUCUUAUAUCAAAGUUGGUCACCCCGGUACAGCCAAAGUUCUUUCCGAAUCGACCAAAAAGGGAGGUAACGCUGCGACUGCCAUCAUAAUGCUCUAUGCGUUAUUCUGGUCGUUCGGUGGUAAUGGUCUCCCUUGGAUAGUCAGUGCUGAAAUAUUCCCAGUCAAACUGAGAAGUAUUGCUGGAGCCUGGGCGGGCUGUGGACAAUGGUUUGCCAGUUUCGCUGCUACCCAAGCUUUCCCAAAGAUGUUAUUGAAGAUGGAUUGGGGAGUUUUUAUUUUCUUCGCGGGAGUAUGUGCUGCCACAGUUCUGUUCACCUUCAUCUGGAUUCCUGAGACCAAAGGUAUCCCAAUCGAGUCUAUGGACAUCCUGUUUGGUGGUUCAACAAGACACGCGCAGUGGAGGCAAAAGAGUGUAUAUCCUCCUGACGGUGUUCCUCCUCUUGAGUACAGCCUGCCUCAUCAAGCCGAAACACCAUAUGGAGGGAAGAAGGAGGGCGACGACUACCUUGAACACAGCUCCGUAUAA